GCCGGCCAAAGAAAAAAAAACUCUGCUUGAGUCACUCACAUUGGGGAGGGGCAGGGGAAAACGAGUAUUUCAGCGACGUCGGGAAGCUUCCCAUCUCUCCCCCAUUCUCUUGCUCAUUUCAAACAGACUCCUUCCCCAGAAUUGCUCUAUCUCGCGCAACACCCAGACCCGGCCCCCCAAGGUAGACAGGAACAAGUGACAAUGUCUGGCACAAACGGAACAAACGGUGCGGCCAAUGGCGCCAACGGUACUGCAAGCCAGGGUGCCCAUUUCCGUUCGAGCCCCUACCAGCCCAUCGGCGAUUUCCUGUCCAAUGUCGACAAGUUCAAGAUUAUCGAGUCGACUCUGCGCGAGGGCGAGCAAUUCGCCAACGCCUACUUCGACACCGAGACCAAGAUCAAGAUUGCCAAGGCCCUCGAUGAGUUCGGUGUUGACUAUAUCGAGUUGACCUCGCCCGCUGCGUCUGAGCAGUCGCGCAAGGACUGCGAGGCCAUCUGCAAGCUCGGCCUCAGGGCUAAGAUUCUGACACAUGUUCGCUGCGACAUGCGUGAUGCCAAGCUCGCGGUCGAGACUGGUGUCGAUGGUCUGGACGUUGUCAUCGGCACAUCUAGCUUCCUCCGGGAACACAGCCAUGGCAAGGACAUGGCCUACAUCGAGAAGACGGCGAUUGAGGUGAUCGAGUACAUCAAGUCCAAGGGCCUCGAAGUGCGCUUUUCCAGCGAGGACUCUUUCCGGUCCGACCUCGUCGACCUUCUUUCCCUGUACAGGGCGGUUGACAAGGUUGGCGUAAACCGUGUGGGUAUCGCCGAUACCGUUGGUUGUGCUUCCCCCAGGCAGGUCUACGACCUCGUCCGGACGCUCCGAGGCGUGGUCUCCUGCGAUAUCGAGACCCACUUCCACAACGAUACCGGUUGCAGUAUCGCGAACGCCUACUGCGCCCUCGAGGCCGGCGCCACUCAUAUCGACACCAGCGUGCUCGGCAUUGGCGAGCGCAAUGGCAUCACUCCCCUUGGCGGUCUUCUCGCCCGCAUGGUUGUGAGCGCCCCUGAGUAUGUCAAGAGCAAGUACAAGCUCCACAUGCUCAAGGAGAUUGAGGACAUGGUCGCCGAGGCCGUUGAGGUCAACACCCCCUUCAACAACCCCAUCACGGGCUUCUGCGCCUUCACUCACAAGGCCGGCAUCCACGCCAAGGCCAUCCUCAACAACCCCAGCACAUACGAGAUUCUCAACCCCGCCGACUUCGGUCUGACCCGCUACGUCCACUUCGCCUCGCGUCUGACUGGCUGGAACGCGGUCAAGACAAGAGCUGGACAGCUCGGCCUGGCUAUGACUGACGACCAGAUCAAGGAGGUUACUGCCAAGAUUAAGGCGUUGGCUGAUGUGCGGCCAAUUGCCAUCGACGACGCCGACUCGAUUAUCCGUAGCUUCCACUUGACGUUGCAACAGCCCGCUGCUCAAUCGAACAGCGCUCCGGUCGAGGUUGCGCAAUAGGCCGGCUGAGGGGAUGCUUUGGGUUGUAUGAGGGUGUUUCAAACUUUUCGUCAUUUGCUUGAUCACAUUAUUCCGGAGUUGAUUGGGGAAAAAAAGGCGAUGUCUGGUUUUACAUCUGCGCAUAAAAGCACCAGAUCCGGGACACGAAACAAAACUUCUGCAUGGUGUUGCAAGAGAGGCAAAACAGAGGUAGAAAAUACGUGCCAAUAUCUCUCACAAAAUCCACCCCUCUCCCGUCU